AUGGCCAACCUGGAAAGAAGACUGACCGGGGACGUCGCAGGGCUGAAAAAGAACAUUGGACGGGUGGGCGAGGUGGUAAACGUCGACAUUACGCCCAGUCGUACGCAUGACCAUCCGUUCACCGCGGAGAUAAUGGCACCCCCUCUCCCCGAUAAAUACAAGUCGCCGUCGAUUCCACCUUACGAUGGACGAGGAGAUCCCGACGACCAUUUGGAAAUCUGGGAUGAACUAAAGGAAGCAUUUUCCCUCCAGUUCAUCGGGGUUAAAAAGUACAUACCCCCGAAGCAGAACCUAACGACGAUAUAUCAAAAGCCAAAUGAGACGUUAAGGGAGUGGCUCGCCAGAUACGGUGAGGCCGUCGCCGCUACAAUGGAUAUCACGGACAGGGAAGCCCUGAUGGGAGCAUUAUCCAGUAUGAAGAAGAUAACUCCCUUCAAAAGGGAACUAAACCGAAAACCUCCUUCCAGCUACAAAGAGUUCCUUACAAGGGCGCAAGGAUACAUCAAUGCUGAAGAAGCGGAUGCCAACGACCCCGAUCAUAGGUCCAAUAAGGGUAAAGGAGCCGAGCAGGGGUCGACGCCAUCAAAGCAAGACGGGAAGAAGCGUCGAGGAGGAGGAAGUGGAGAUAAACAACCGAUCCCGACGCAAGGAGCGCCGGAGGCCAAGAAGCGAAGACAUGAGGAUACCCGCAGGCCUCGGCUGUUUCAGAAAUACGACACCUACCAUGAACUGACGGUAGGCCUCGAGGAGAUCUUCAACCAGAUCGGCCGAGGAAACUUGCUGCGCCGACCUGGACCAAUGAAGUCGGAUCCUAACCAAAGGAACUAG